GGAAUAGACGAGGGUCCGGAGGGCCUGAAGCUCAUCUCUGACAUAAUCAGGGAGAAGAUGGCUAUAGACGUCAGUGUUCUAAUGGGAGCUAACAUCGCCAACGAGGUGGCAGCAGAGAAGUUCAUAACUAUAGACGUCAGUGUUCUAAUGGGAGCUAACAUCGCCAACGAGGUGGCAGCAGAGAAGUUCUGUGAGACCACCAUCGGUAAGAAUAACCCAGCCUCAUUUAUCAACAUAAUGCAUAGACAUUUGUAUACAGGAAUGUAAAACGAAGCUGUGAAGUAAUUUGAUAACUAUAUGGCAUGAGAUAUAUAGUAAUAAUGUCUCCCGAGUGGCGCAGUGGUCUAAGGCGCUGCAUCGCAGUGCUAGCUGUGCCACUAGAGAUCCUGGUUCGAAACCAGGCUCUGUCGUAGCCGGCCACGACCGGGAGACCCAUGGGGCGGCGCACAAUUGGCCCAGCGUCGUCCAGGGUAGGGGAGGGAAUGCCCGGCAGGGGAUGUAGCUCAGUUGGUAGAGCAUGGCGUUUGCAACGCCAGGGUUGUGGGUUCGAUUCCCACGGGGGGCCAGUAUGAAAAAUUAAAAAUUUAAAAAAAAUAAUGUAACUGUAAGUCGCUCUGGAUAAGAGCGUCUGCUAAAUGACAAGAAAAUAAAUAAUAAUAAUACAAAAAAUAAUACAAAGCCAGGCCAGAGAUGGAGUGAUAGGCUGGCUGUGUGAUGGAUGUAAAACGUGUUGCUUCACCAGACAGUAAGAUCAUGGAGCACGGCUCUUCAAGGAGCUCCUGCAGACUCCUAACUUCAGGAUCACAGUGGUGGACGACGCAGACACUGUAGAGCUCUGUGGAGCACUGAAGGUAACUCUAAGAUACUGUAGAGCUCUGUGGAGCACUGAAGGUAACUCUAAGACACUGUAGAGCUCUGUGGAGCACUGAAGGUAACUCUAAGACACUGUAGAGCUCUGUGGAGCACUGAAGGUAACUCUAAGACACUGUAGAGCUCUGUGGAGCACUGAAGGUAAAUCUAAGACACUGUAGAGCUCUGUGGAGCACUGAAGGUAACUCUAAGACACUGUAGAGCUCUGUGGAGCACUGAAGGUAAAUCUAAGACACUGUAGAGCUCUGUGGAGCAUUGAAGGUAACUCUAAGAUACUGUAGAGCUCUGUGGAGCACUGAAGGUAACUCUAAGACACUGUGGAGCACUGAAGGUAACUCUAAGACACUGUAGAGCUCUGUGGAGCACUGAAUGUAACUUUAAGAUACUGUAGAGCUCUGUGGAGCACUGAAGGUAACUCUAAGAUAAUGUAGAGCUCUGUGGAGCACUGAAGGUAACUCUAAGAUACUGUAGAGCUCUGUGGAGCACUGAAGGUAACUCUAAGACACUGUAGAGCUCUGUGGAGCACUGAAGGUAACUCUAAGACACUGUAGAGCUCUGUGGAGCACUGAAGGUAACUCUAAGACACUGUAGAGCUCUGUGGAGCACUGAAGGUACUCUAAGACACUGUAGAGCUCUGUGGAGCACUGAAGGUAACUCUAAGAUACUGUAGAGCUCUGUGGAGCACUGAAGGUACACUCUAAGACACUGUAGAGCUCUGUGGAGCACUGAAGGUAACUCUAAGACACUGUAGAGCUCUGUGGAGCACUGAAGGUAACUCUAAGACACUGUAGAGCUCUGUGAGCACUGAAGGUAACUCUAAGACACUGUAGAGCUCUGUGGAGCACUGAAGGUAACUCUAAGACACUGUAGAGCUCUGUGGAGCACUGAAGGUAACUCUUAAGUACCCAGCCCAGCGUGUGUGUGUGUGUGUGUGUGUGCGUGCAUGGUAAAAUGGAUACUGCCAUUGUAGAAUGGUAAUGACAUAGUAAUAACCUAUUACCUCUAUGUUUUCGUCUCUCUUCCUCAGAACAUCGUAGCGGUAGGAGCAGGGUUCUGUGAUGGGCCGAGGUGUGGUGACAACACCAAGGCAGCAGUAAUCAGACUAGGGCUGAUGGAGAUGAUAGCCUUCGCUAAGCUCUUCAGUAAAGAUGGCGUCGUCUCCUCUGCAACUUUCCUGGAGAGCUGCGGCGUGGCUGACCUCAUCACGACCUUUCUAUGGAGGACGCAAACCGACGCGUGGCCGAGGCAUUCGCCAAGACAGGAAAGGUAAGGACAAACGUUCAACUCUACACCAGAUCUGGGAUGGUUAGUGCCGGCUGACUGACCACUUGUCAAAGUUACAAAUCAAAAUAAUGUGUUGUUUCAUUCAGAAAUGUGAAGUUUUUCAGUUAGUAAACGUAUAGGCCUAACUCCUACAUAGAUACAUGGUCAUAUUUCAUGUUUUCGUUAGUAAACAUAUAGCCGUACAGUACAGGGUAAAGUAUGUAUUCAGUUAGUAAACAGUAUAGACCUGACUCCUACAUAGAUACAGGUAAUUGUCAAUUUCAGUCUGUAACAUAUAGACUGACUCUCCAUGGUAUAUGCUAGACUAGACUGGAGCAGGAGAUGUUGAAUGGACAGAAGCUCCAGGGUCCUGCUACCUCAGCUGAAGUAUACCACAUCCUCAAACAGAAGGGACUGGUGGACAAGUGAGUCCCUCUCUGUCUCUGAUCGAUCCAGAUACAGUACCUAGCCAAAUGUAGUCUGUCACUCAUUCCACCUGUAUUGCCCUGUGGUCCCAACCAUGAGCCCAGACUUAUGAUGGGGGAGAGAGAGAGAGAGAGAGGUGGUUGUAUCCUUCCAUUUUAACCCUGUGUCAUUCUGUUGUGUCUUUCCCAGGUUCCCUCUGUUUGUGGCGGUGUAUCAGAUCUGUUUUCGAGGGCAAGCCGGUACAGGAAAUGAUCUCCUGUCUACAGAGGCACCCAGAGCACCU